ACUUUGAUUCGUUCUGGCUCGAUACCCACGCGCGUGACUUUACGUGUGCCCAAAUGUGGGCUAUGAGUUCCAAGUUGAGCCUCGUUUUGCAGAGAGGAAGGAGAGUGAGAACAAGGCGGAGUGGGAAGCCCAAGAACCUGGGGUUUGGAGAGGAGCUGCUAGAACCCGGGAAGCCAACGGUGGAGAAAUCCGGCGGAGUAGAAAACGACUGAGGACUAGGGCUAGAACGGAGCGAGAGGAUGGACGCUGGGAUUCGAGGGGGCGGGGAUAGAACGCAGAGGGUUAGAAGGGGGCGGGGAUAAAGCCAGAGACUGGAAUACCCGCAAGGCGCACGCGAGCAGAAACCCGGGUUCCUGGAUAUUGGAUAAUUGGGGGCGAGACCAGAAGCUCCGGAGACCCGACGACCAAGUCGUGGAACUAGUCGCACUGGGAUUGGACAUAUGCAAGUGGGAGACUUGGGUCUGGCACUCUAAAUCGAGGGUGGGGGGCUGUGCUCGGGCUGGGUCUCCAGGAUCGGAUCCGCGGACCUCUGACUCAGCGUGAGGUCCCCAGUUGACGUCCCUCCAACACCGGAGGUGUCUGGCCAAGUCCUUCAAGACCCCUUAGGUGGUUAAGAAAGGGGCUCUAGCGAGACAUGGCUGAAGCGCACCAGGCUGUGGGCUUCCGACCCUCGAUGACCUCGGACGGGGCCGAAGUGGAGCUCAGUGCCCCCGUGUUGCAGGAGAUCUACCUCUCCGGACUGCGCUCCUGGAAAAGGCACCUCGCCCGCUUCUGGAAUGACUUUCUCACGGGUGUGUUCCCUGCCAGCCCCCUCAGCUGGCUCUUCCUCUUCAGUGCAAUCCAGCUCGCCUGGUUCCUCCAGCUGGAUCCUUCUCUAGACUGAUGGAAAGAUCAAGAGUUGCUGCCAGACUGGGGUGGGCAGCACCACAGGCUUCGGGGAGUCCUGGCAGCUGCGCUGUUUGCUUCGUGCUUGUGGGGAGCCCUGAUCUUUACGCUUCACGUGGCCCUGAGGCUGCUUCUGUCCUACCAUGGCUGGCUCCUUGAACCCCACGGAGCCAUGUCCUCACCCACUAAGACCUGGCUGGCCCUGGUCCGCAUCUUCUCCGGCCGCAAAACAAUGCUUUUCAGUUACCAGCGCUCCCUGCCACGCCAGCCCGUGCCCUCCGUGCAGGACACUGUGCGCAAGUACCUGGAAUCUGUCCGGCCCAUCCUCUCCGAUGAGGACUUCGACUGGACGUCCGUCCUUGCGCAGGAAUUCUUGCGGCUGCAGGCAUCGCUGCUGCAAUGGUACCUGCAGCUCAAGUCCUGGUGGGCGUCCAAUUACGUCAGUGACUGGUGGGAAGAAUUCGUGUACCUGCGCUCCCGGCACUCGCUGAUGGUGAACAGUAACUAUUACAUGAUGGACUUCCUGUACGUCACUCCCACACCAGUGCAGGCCGCUCGUGCUGGGAACGCCGUCCAUGCCCUCCUCCUCUACCGCCACCGGCUGAACCGCCAGGAGAUCCUGCCUACUCUACUGAUGGGAAUGCGGCCCUUGUGCUCCGCCCAGUACGAGAAGAUAUUCAAUACCACGCGCAUUCCCGGCCUCCAAAAAGAUCACAUCCGCCACCUCCGGGACAGCCGACAUGUGGCUGUCUUCCACCGAGGCCGAUUCUUCCGUGUGGGGACCCACUCCCCAAGCGGCCUGCUCUCCCCACGGGCCUUGGAGCAGCAGUUCCAGCGAAUCCUGGACGACCCCUCCCCCGCUUGCCCCCAGGAGGAGCAUCUGGCGGCCUUGACCGCUGCACCCAGGGAUAUGUGGGCCCAGGUGCGGAGUUCCCUGAAGAUCCAGGCCGAGGAUGCGUUGGAGGCCGUGGAAGGAGCAGCUUUCUUUGUAUCACUGGACUCGGAGCCUGCGGGGCUCACGAGGGAGGACCCCGCAGCUUCACUGGACGCCUAUGCCCGUGCCCUCCUGGCUGGCAGGGGCCAUGACCGCUGGUUUGACAAAUCCUUCACUCUGAUUGUCUUCUCCAACGGGAAGCUGGGCCUCAGCGUGGAGCACUCGUGGGCAGACUGCCCCAUCUCGGGACACAUGUGGGAGUUCACUCUGGCCACGGAAUGUUUUCAGCUGGGCUACUCGGCAGAUGGCCACUGCAAGGGCCAUCCUGAGCCCUCACUGCCCCAGCCCCAGCGGCUGCACUGGGACCUUCCAGAAAAGAUCCGUCUGUCCAUCUCUCUAGCCCUGAGGGGAGCCAAGACCUUGUCUGGAAACAUUGACUGCCACGUCUUCCCCUUCUCCCACUUUGGCAAGAGCUUCAUCAAACGCUGCCAUCUCUCUUCAGACAGCUUCACCCAGGUGGCCUUGCAGCUGGCCCACUUCCGGGACAGGGGUGAAUUCUGCUUGACUUAUGAGUCGACUAUGACUCGCUUGUUCCUGGAAGGUCGGACAGAGACGGUGCGGUCUUGUACAAGGGAGGCCUGCAACUUCGUGAGAGCCAUGGAGGACAAAGAGAAAACAGAACCCCAGCGCCGUGCUCUGUUCCGCCUGGCGGUGGAAAAGCACCAGGCUCUGCUGAAGGCAGCGAUGAGCGGACAGGGAGUUGACCGCCACCUCUUCGCGCUCUACAUCGUGUCCCAAUUUCUCCAUUUGCGCUCACCCUUUCUGGACCAGGUUCACUCGGAGCAGUGGCAGCUCGCCACCAGCCAGAUCCCUGUUCAGCAAAUCCACCUGUUUGACGUCCACAAUUACCCUGACUACGUUUCCUCUGGUGGUGGAUUCGGGCCUGCUGAUGACCACGGUUAUGGCGUUUCGUACAUCUUCAUGGGGGAUGACACCAUCACCUUCCACAUCUCCAGCAAAAAAUCUAGCACAAAAACGGACUCCCACCGACUGGGACAGCACAUUGAGGAUGCCUUGUUGGACGUAGCCUCCCUCUUCCAGGAGGGACAGCGUCCUAAGCCCAGAUCCAGAGGGUUACCGGAGGAGGACUCGGGGCACAGGGGUGGCUCUCUCCCCUGCCACAGGAGGGGCUCCAAGGCAACCACAAAAUCCACCAACUUUUGACCCCUCCCUGCAGGGAGCUGGUCUCCCCAAGACCUAGGGAGAGGGUCUCUACAACUGGGCUGGUGCAGGACAGAGGUGGCCUGUUUGGGUUUGGAAAAUCCCACAUCUGGUCCAAUAAAGAUCCGUAA